CGGCCGGGUGACGUUUCUCAGGGAUGAUUCGGCACACGGCUGGCUUCCCUCGGGAGAAGGAGGAGGAGGAGAAGCACCCCCGCUCGGUCAGGGCCCUGCCUGCAGCCCGGGCUCGGCGGGCACCGCCGGCCGCCCCGGCCCCGUGGGCGGCGCGGAGGCGGCCCCUUCUCGCCCGGCCUCCUCCGGCCCCGCCGCUUCCCCCGCUGCUCCGGGCCCGGCUCCGGCGCCGCCAUGGGUGCCUCUCGCUGCUCCCGGCUGCUGGCGCCGCUGCUGCUGCUGCUGCUGGCGCCGUGGGGGCCGCGAGUCUCGGGAGAGCUCCGCUCGCCGCGGCGGCGGUGGCCCGUGCCCUACAGGCGCUUUGAUUACCGUCCAAAAACCGAUCCUUACUGCCAAGCUCGGUACACCUUCUGUCCCACUGGCUCUGCCAUUCCACUUAUGAAAGAAGAGGAUGUCAUUGAAGUGUAUCGAUUACAGGCUCCAGUAUGGGAAUUCAAGUACGGGGACCUGCUAGGACAUUUGAGCUCUCUAACAGGCAAAAACUACACAAUGGAAUGGUAUGAGCUCUUCCAGCUUGGGAACUGCACGUUUCCACAUCUGCGGCCUGGCAUGGAUGCACCGUUCUGGUGUAACCAGGGAGCUGCCUGCUUUUAUGAAGGAAUAGAUGAUGCACACUGGAAGGCAAAUGGAACUUUAGUUCUCGUGACCACAAUAUCAGGAACCAUGUUUAAUGAAAUGGCACAAUGGGUAAAAUACGACAAUGAGACUGGCAUUUUCUACGAGACCUGGACAGUUCAAGCAAGUCCUGACAAAACGUCAACAGUGUGGUUUGACUCUUAUGAGUGCUCCAAGUUUGUACUGAGAACCUACCAGAAGCUAGCCGACUUAGGAGCUGUAUUCAAGAAGAUACAAACAAACUACACAAGCAUAGUUUUAUUCAGUGGAGAACCUAUUUAUUUGGGGAAUGAAACAUCUAUUUUCGGACCACAAGGAAACAAGACGCUGGCAGCAGCUAUAAGAGACUUUUACAAUCCAUUUAAACCUCAUCAGAAUGUCAGAGAGUUUUUCUUGGAUCUUUUCAAAAUAAUUGAUCGUGUUAUCUUGAAUCAUCAGUUUUACCUCUUCUACAACUUGGAAUACUGGUUUUUACCUAUGAAGUCCCCUUAUCUCAAAAUAAUUUAUGAAGAGGUCCCUUUGCCUGUUGGAAGCAAAGCAUCCUUUGGUCUAUGACUGUCAACUGAAGAACAAAACUUGCCUUUAUGGCAAAAUAUUCUUAAGGAUUUUGGAGCACUACCAUGAUGGUGUGAAAGGGUUGUAUGUUUCACUGCUGACUGUAAAAAAUUGUGUUGGGAUGGCUUUGCAGGUGAAAGACUUUGCAUUUUUUUCUUACUACCUGUAUAACACAUUCAUGAACGCUUCAGCCUCUCUGACCUGACCAGCUUCUGUGUAAGCAUGGCUCCCUGCUGCCUGAGGGGAGACUGCAGUGGUUCCUCUGGCUGAGCUCUGCAGUGCCAGAGGGGGAAUGGGGAGGCAGCUGCUUGCUCUUGGCUCAGGUGCUCUUCAUGUGCACAGAAACGUGGCAGCAGAUGGCACCUGGCCACCAGCAGAGGUGGGACACAAGUUACAAGGACUAACUCGCUUAACAUGAGUGUUCGGAUGUGUCCAGUUCCUUCAAUAUGUGCCUUACACUGAUGUUCCUGUAGUUCUUUGGUUUGUACAGCUGGGAUCUAUGAACUGUUCUCUGGUAUUCUGGGGCAGUGAGGGUACUGGAGGAUGGCAUGGGUGAUGCUUUUUCACCACUUUGCUUCCUUUAGCUGCACUGUAAACACUAUACAGAUGGCUCUUCUUCAGUUUCAUGAGUGUUCUGUGCCACAGAUAAAAGCCAAACUGCCUGCCUUGCUGUCGACUUGUGCAUAAUUGCAGUGUUCUACCAGUCUACUAUCUUGAAAUCUACUUGAGGCUUCAGUUGGGUCAGUUUCGUAGAACUUGUGUAUAUUCCUUUCAAAUUUUUUUAAAAAGCAUAGAAAUCUUAAUAUGGAAGAAGUAAUGACAGCUUGUGGGGCAGCAACAUUGGCGUUGAAAAUCCAUGCUCGUCACAGAGCUGCCUCUAAAAUGUGACUGCAGCCUCUUGCUGGCAGUGAUGUUGGCAGUAGUGGUGCUGUCCUUGAGUCCUGUUCCAGGCUCAUCUUAAAGCACUUGGGCAACUACUUAGUCCCCUUUAAACCCAAGGGAACAAAGCCAGAGGAACAGUGGCUUUCUGGAAACUACUGAGGUGCCUGCACACUAAAAAACCACAGCUGCAGCAAUGUAGUCAUCUCCAAGUGCUCACGGCUCGCUUGGAUGUUUUUUUAAAACUAGCUGUGGGAUAAUUAGUGCUCCUGCAGAGGUUAUUGCUGCCUUGUGGCCAAGCAGGAACGCAGGAACACAACUCUGCAGUUUCAUUUGGCUUGAGCCAAGCUAAUACCCUGCUGCAGCCCGAGGAGAGUACACAGUGCUUGGAUUCAAAUAAUAAGAAUGGCAGAAAAUUACCCCUGUAUUCAGGAAGUCACUAAAAUUAAUUAGUUGAAUUGCAUUAUCAUGUAAUGGGAUGAGCAUGAGAGGUAAUGGGAGAAGAAUGAGAGGAUGAGCACACCUCUCUUCAAGCUGCUACUUCCACUGUUAGGUGAAACUUCAUCUUUUACCAUAGACUGAAAGACUUGACUCUUUUUAGCCAAAGUCACAGGUCCUUGUGCCUGAGCUCAGCUUUGGAUUAAGAUACUGUCAUGGUUUCACCACAGCCACCAAACAAGCACCACACAGCACCACCAGGAAGGUAAUCCAGGAGGCUCUAGUGAAGUCAAAGGGGCUGCAGCAAGCCCGUUUAUAGAAGUUACAUUCUCACUGAUGCAUGUUUUUAUGUCUCUGAAACCCUCAAUGUUGUUAAACCCACUUCUGUCUUCCCAGGAAAAAGCCUCAACGUCACAAAGCACUGUUCAAAGCUCUGAAUGGGAAAUAGGAUCACAGAACCAAGCUUAUAGAUCACACUGCCAACGAUGUGGGGAUUCCUCCAUGCACUCACAUGUGUUUCACACUUUGAACACUAUCCUCACUUCAAAGGUAUUAAUUAUCAUUGCAGGAGUUGCCGUUUUAUAGACAUACACGAGUUCCUUCUGAGGCCAGUAUAUAUGAGAGCUCUCACUUUCUUUGCUUCUCUCAGCUGGGGCAGGGUUUGUGUGUUUAUUAAUUGUUCAGUUUGGGUGGGAAUAAACUCCACCAGUACAAACUGUAGUCCUGAAAGAGAUGCUGUUGUUGCAGCUUAACUGAAAUGAGUUGAAGUUGUUGAGUGCAGAGCUCUCUUGUAGGUAGAAUCCACAAUCCUUGAGUUAGGCCUACGGAGUUAGAUCCAAAAAAAACCACAGAGAUGAUAAAUAGGCAAAUUCUGCAAAGUUUAGACAAGCCCAGAAUGGAUCCAUAAAAAUGACACUUUUAAAACUUAAAAAGGAAGCAUUAGUUGUCACAGCUUCUGUGCACCUGAUGAUCUGCUUGUGACUGAAAACCACCUAUCCACCUCAAACACUUAAGGACGGCCUCCUCCUUGAAGUCACGCAGGGAGCAGAAAUAGGUAGGAUCUCGCCUCAUUUCACUCACAGCCAGAUGGUAUUAGCACUUGCCCGACAGUAGUAACCAGGGGACUGUCCAAACUGCCAGACUCGAUAAGCGUGGCAUUGUGUCAGUGUCACUCAGUCUUCACUCAUACUUUGAAUACAGGACUUGUUCAUCACUUCAGAUUGUGCUUGGUCCUGCUCCCUGCUCUUACGCACAUUUUACUCGAGGGCAAAAAUACACAAUCAUUCUGUACUACAGUGAUUUCCAAGUCUGCACACUGGUCUCGUGCAGAACUGCUGCAUUGCCACACCUGUGGGCUGCUUGGGGUUGUAAGCCACACUUCACUCCAUGAGAGUUCUCCAGCAAAGCAGAUCGUGGCUGAUCAUCCAUCAAGGUCAAACAGAGUGUGCUGCUCCUGUUUCUCAAAGCACUGUGCAAUGAAAGUCUCUGCCUUCCCCCUCACAAACCCACCCCCAGAUGUCCUGGAUUAGGAGAGCUGCUGCCUUCAGUAUCUUAACUUGUAACCACUUCAAUUCAGAGGUAAGAUUUGUCACUGCGCACAUCAACUCCUGUUGCAAACUCCUACCCAAAACUGUACAACAGAGCCAACACUUCAGUUUUGUUAUUCUGAUAAUAAGAAAUAAAGGUGCCCUUGGGGAAAAUGA